GGGAGCUCCAGGGGCCGGAAGAAGUGGUUGGCGCCAUCUACAACGUCCUCCCUAGGAAGGAGGGCCGCGUCGAGUCGCAGGUGGCCGGCAAAUCCCUGUUUAUGCUGAAGGCCCACGGCUCCUCAAGGAGUCCUUUGGCUUCAGCGCCGACCUGAGGUCCCACAGGGCGACCAGGCCUUCCCCCACUGCUUGUUUGGCCACUGGCAGAUCCUGCCCUAGGAGCCCUUGGACCACAGCAGCCGGCCAGCCAGGUCGUGGUGGAGACGCGCAAGCGCAAAGGCCUGCACGGAGGCGUCCCAGCCCUGGACAAUUCCCUGGACAAAUUGUGGGCGGACCUCUCAGCAGCACCCGCGCUCCGUCUUUGAUCUACUGCAGCCCCCAGCGUUCGCGUUCCCCUCCGGGUACCUAUAGACUGUUCCCGAACGGUGAGGCGCCGCCUGACGGCCUUGUGGGGCUCACUCGGUGCCGUCGCUCAGCAUAAGCCCUGACGCCCUUUUUCUUCAGUAUUUCUCUCAAGAUUUCAAAGACAAUGCCACAUCACAAGCUUUGGUUCUAUUUGGUGCCCCUAAGGAAGCCAUUGAGAUUUUUCAUGAAAAUAAAAUGACAAAUACUGAAGGGGUGAAUGAAGGCAUUUACUUUAGUUACCCAUGUCGACGUCAAAGCUGUGCUUUAGUAAACAUCCCAGCACCAUGUGUGAACAAAAUGAUUUCACACAUUGAAAAUGUGGAAUCUAAAAUACAAGAGCAUUUGAAACGGUUUGAAACUUCUCUUGAAGAAUGGAGCAGAACUUCUUCCACAAAAGAGUGGAAGGAAGAUUGGAGUAUUGCUACACCAAUGAAAGAGGUCAAACCAGAAGAAGAAAGAGAUGAAAGGUGUCCAGAAUUAAAGCAGGAAAUGGAAAUAUUGCUAUCAGAGGCCAUUCAUCUCAUUAAAAGUCUAGAAACUGACCGUGCAGAAGCUGAAGAAGCUUUAAAACGACAAAAGUCAAGAAAGAAAAAGAUUCACAUGAAAAUUGAUUCUUGGUCAAUUUGGAGACUUCAAGAAAUCCCACUAGCUGUGCAGAAAGAACAUGAGGCCUAUUUGAGAGAUAUUGUAGAAUUACAAUGGCAUCUUGAAGAUAGAGCUUAUCAGCUAAAACAUUUUGAGGAACAAAAGGUGAAAUUGGAGGAAGCUAAUGCAAAGCUUCAAGCAGACACAGACUACAUGAACGCACGCGGUCCUCUAAUUAACUCAAAGCAGAACCAAGAACUUGAAACUCUGAAAGAAUUUUAUAUAAAAAAAUUUGAGGUAAUGGAAUUAUACAAACAAGUUCAGGAAGAACUUGCAGAAGCUAUAGAAAACUAUAAGAAUGCCAAAUUGAAGGCUAAACAAAUGAAACAAGACAUGGAAAAAGAUAUUCAUAAUGAUGAAGCAAGCCUAGAAGCCUACAAGAGAGAGAUAGAUAAACUUAAUUCUCUACAUAGUCACUACGAUACAGCAAUAGAAGAUGUGAAUGUUAGUAUCGAGGAGAAUGAAGAGGUAGAGACUGAAGUAUUGAGGGAAACAAAGACAUCAAGAAAUGAAUUAUCUGCUUUAUCAAAAAUGCUAGACAAUUUGAAAAAAAAUUAUGAUCAACUAGCCUGGAAGAGAAAAAGUUAUGAAAAGGAAUAUCUGGAAGCAUUCAAUAAUUAUUAUGCAACAAAACAAACAUGGGAUAUUGAGCUUUCUAAUGUUGCAAAAGACCUUUCAGAUAUUUCAGUUGCAUAUACUCAUUCGGCAGAAGAAAACAGAAAGCUUGGAAUUGAUAUUGAAACCAUGGCAGGUCUUAUCAAUGACAGUAUAAGAAAAAAAUCAGAGUUUGAGUCUGAAAUCCAAUCUUUGAUGAAACUAAGGGGAAAAAAUGAUGAAUUUAUUAAGCAACUCUACAGGCAAGCUUAUCACCUUGGUGCUAUUUUCCACCUAACCAAAUUUAAAACAGAGGAAUUAGAGGACAAAAUAGCAGAAGUGAGAAGAAAAUUCAAGGGUAGAGAAGAAUUCUUGAAAAGACUUAUUCGAAGUGAAGUGACUAAUGGAAUGAUGAUUCAGAAAAAAUUGUAUUCCAUUCAAGAAGAACAGAUCCUUGAGAGACAGGAUCUUAUGAAAAAGAAAGCAAUGUACACCCUAGCAUUGGCGGAACUAGAGACACCGCUGCUUGAACUCGAAGAAGAUGCCGCAAAACUCAGAACUGCCCACAAAGAGCAUGCUGACACAUUAAAUGAUAUAAUUGAGAAAAGAGAAAAUGUUAAAAGAAAUGUGGAAAGAACAAAGAAAAAUUUGAGAAAAAAAGGGAAGAAAACUCGUGAUGCAAUAAUAGAAACUGAGGAAAAACGCUCAAUGAUUUUUAAAGAAAUAAAGACCACUAAAAGUAAAACAGUUAUUUAUCAUGCAAAAAUAGAUCAAUUGAAUAAGGACUUAAAAGAAAAAGAGAAGGAAAAGAAUAUUUUGGCUCAGACACUUGAGCAAUUAAAGAACCACUAUAUAACUACAAAAUAUAAAAAGGAAUAUGCACAAGCUGUGUUUGAUCAGCUCGUAAGUGAGAAAAAAACCUGUGAAGAGAGACUCUAUGAAGAAGAACAGAGAUACAGAACACUCAUUACCAUGAGGCAAAAAACUCUGGCAGAUAUUAAAAAAAUACAAGAUGAUUCACUCGAAGAAAAUUUGCGUUUAGCUCAAGAAUAUCAGGAAUUACAGACUACUUUCUUAACAGAAAAGGACAAUUAUUUAAAUCUAUAUGAUAGACAGUUAUCACUUGAUGCUUCAAUUGAAGCUAAGAAACAGCUCUGUCAGCUGCAAAGAAGGAUACACAAGGUGUGGCAGAAUCACUUCAAACUGGUGGUCCUCUGCGGCCAGAUGAGGCUGGCCAAGUUCCAGACAGACUCUCAAGAGAGUAUUCAGAAAAUAUUAGCUGUGCAGGCUUUGCAGAUGCCAUUCAGCUGUUUAAGAGAUACCGUCAACAGUUGCCUUGUGUUGCUUUUGUGUGAAACCUCCUUCAGUGAAAAGGACACUUAUGUUUAUUUUAUUUAACUGUUUGCUUUCCCCUUCCAUUUUGAAAGAGGCCCGUCCUCUUCAGAUUUGGAGAUAACUGUCUUUGAAAAAUAAGCAAUUUGGGAUUAGAAUGUAACAAUGGUUCCAGAUACAUGUGAGAUUUGACUGUUUGUAGAAAUUUUAGUGGAUCACUUGUCUUUAUUUCAAGACUCUGAUCUGUUUAGAAACCCCUAUUAACUAUGUGAAGGCUAUUACUGGAAAAUUAAAUUUUUAAUUCAUAUUUUACUAUUUGAAAUGUCAUAAGAUGCAUAAAAAGUGAGUUCCCAAAGGAAAACAAACACCGCCUUGUUCUAGUAAAAGAAAAAAAAAAGAAGUAUCUAUUCUAUAAAAUAAAAUGCACACACUCUUUAAAACCACAAUUUUCAUAAACUUGCAGCAUAAACAAUGCAUGCUGAACCUAAACACACCAAGCCUUUUUCUAAAUAUUUUAAUUGUGUGUGCAUUUCAUGAUUCUUUUGC